GCAUGGGUGUCACUGGAGUAAACGUCUAUUCUCUUGUCAACUCCUCAUCUUCUUUUCACCAUGAUAAACACCUUUCACAGUAGCUACAAUCCCCCACCGGUGCCUCCACGCGCAGGAUACAAGAAGGCCCAGCCAUCGGGAAACACACCUUUAGUCAAGUUUUUGUCAGUGAUACUACUGCUGUUAAUGACACUGACCUUCGGAGGCUUCCUCUACCUGUUCCAGAAAGUCAACGGGGAACUACAAUGGGCCUAUCAUGAAGACACAGCGACUCUGAAGAAACUACAGCAAUGUGUGAAUGGCAACAGGGGACAAGAAUGUCGAAUUCUGAUGGAAAAAGUUAAUACUGUCAUGGGAAAGGUUUCACAAGAAAAUGGAACAUUUUCUAAGUUUACUGGAGGACCUUCGAGGAAUGGACCUGCUGCACACAUGAUUUUCCUGAGUGAACAUACUGUGAAAUAUAAGCAAUCAGAGGCCUUGAGGUCAAACAGUCUUCUUUGGGAUCAAGAACGUUCACUGCUACGAGGCGUCCAGCUUACCACACAAAAGGACAGGCUAACCAUUACUCCCGGAGUCUACUUCAUCUAUUCCCAAGUCACCUUCUCCAAACGGGCCACUAAAAAUCCACUAAAGCAAACUAUAAACAGAUCAGGACCAAAAAAUGAGAAUAAGGAAUUACUCAAGUCUUUUUGCACCUUGCAUGAGACCACAGAAGAGAUGUGUACGGCAUCCUCAGCAGGAGUGUUUAACCUGGAGAAAGACCAACAAGUCUAUGUUACAGUAACAGACAGAUCACUGGUAAACAAGAAUUACUGCUGGUUUGGAUUAUUCAAGCUAUAGUAAUGAAGACUUUGGAACUGAAUCAGUUGAGGGGGAGACGGAUGAUACUGAUAUUCAGGGAAUUGUUUGGAUUAUAAUGAAGUGGAUAUUUAUACAGUGAUGUACAUGUGACGUCCGAGUGAGUUGAGACUUAAAGAAAAUCACCACAUGAAGCUCCUGUUCUCCUGCAUGCCAAACCACAAUACAAAUUCUGGAUUAAUGAAUAUGGAAACGUCCAGGGAUUUGCUUUCAAUUAUUUUGUUCAUUGCAAAUACAACCUAAUAGGAUUUCAUGAAUGUUUUCAAUCCACUCAGUUGCAGUGUUUGUA